UAAAGGCGCCCGGAGAACCUGAAGCUUCCGCCCGCAUGUCAAGCGCAGCCACACCGCCGCAAGCGCAACAAGCCGCGCCGGACGCCACCCUUGCAGCAGAACGAAGGGUCACCUACCUCCUGGACGACCACAUUGGGGUGCACGCGUCGCCAGAGGCGUCGCUGCGCAAGCCGCACACCGUCAGGCUGACCGACAACCUGGUCGUCGACUGCGGGCUGGACAAGCACAUGACCAUGGUGCGGAGCGGCGGCGACGGCUGGUCGCCAGCGCCUGCCGCGACGGUCCGCCGCUACCACACGGACGCGUACGUCGCCUUUCUCGAGAAGAUUGAGCUGCACGGCAAGGAGGUGGCCAAUGAGGCUGCAAACUACGUGCUCAACAACUCGGUCUGCUUCAGCGAGACGGCCUGGCCGUACGCGCAGAUCUACGCGGGCGCAUCCAUGCACGCCGCCGAGCUCCUCGCCACCGGCAAGGCGGACAUCGCCAUCAACUGGAGCGGGGGGCAGGCGCACGCGCGGCGUGACUGCGCGUCGGGCUUCUCGUACGUCAAUGACGUGGUGCUGGCCGUGCUGACGCUGCUGCAGAGCGUCGAGCGUGUGCUCUUCAUCAACGUGGACUCGGUGCACGCGUCGGGCGUCGAGGAGGCCUUCUACACCACCGACCGCGUCAUGUGCGUCUCGCUGCAUCGCCACGGCGACGGCUACUUCCCCGGCUCGGGCGGCGCAAAGGACGCGGGCGAGCGGGCGGGCAAGGGGCACAACAUCAACCUUCCCGUCGAGCGCGGCUUCAGCGACGCCGACCUCGAGGCCCUGCUCCCGCCCGUCGUCGAGGCGGCGGCCGCCCGCUACCAGCCUGCUGCAGUGGUGCUGCUUGCCGGCACGGGCUUGCUCUCUGGCGACCGGCUCGGCUGCAUGAACGUCACGCUGGGCGGGUACAGCAAGGCGGUGGAAUGCGUGCUCGCGCUGCGCAGGCCUACGCUGCUUCUCGGCGGAGGGGGGUACACGACUUCGAUCGCGACGCGAGCUUGGGCGGCGGCGACUUCCCUCGCGUGCGGCGCGGCGCCGCUCCCCCUCGCUGAGCUCCGGCGUGGCCACGGGAGCCGUGCUGCUGAGAGCGCUCGGUUCCUCGCAUCGCAGCUCUCUCUCUCGGGUAGGCCCGACCACCCCUGCCCGCAGCAGCUGUCCGAGACCGUCAUGGGGAACGAGAACGG